GCAAGUGCCACAUCCCAGUCCCGCUCACUUCCCCUCACAGCCAGCUGGCCCCACUGGAGUGAGAGCUCAUGGCAUGGCCAGUGGCUGGGGCGUGAGGGCAGGGACAUGGGCAUCCUCCCCGCUUCGGAGUGGGCAUCCUGGAACACAUCCUUUGUGGGGCCGGGCACCGGGAGCGGGCCCCUCUCCGGUCCCUGGUACAGCACACACAAGACUCAGCUCUUGGGAGUUUUACUGGCUGCUGCUUCAAAUUUUCUGAUUAGUGUUUCUUUGAUUAUACAGAAAUGCGCUCAUCUCCGGCUGGCUUGCCAGACAGAGCCGAAGCCCUACUACAUGAGCAAGCUAUGGUGGUGUGGGAUUACCCUCCUGGGGCUUGGAGAGGUGGGCAAUUUCACAGCCUAUGGAUUUGCACCCAUUGCCCUUGUCGCUCCACUGGGAUGUUUAUCUGUCAUAGGUAGUGCAUUUAUUUCUGUCUUAUUCUUAAAGAAGACCAUGAGGGCUGCUGAUAUAUUGGGAGGAACACUGACAAUAACAGGGACAUACUUGUUAGUGACAUUCACUCCAAAUGUUCCCCAAGAACACACAGCAAGACGAGUACAGAAUUACUUAGUGAGCUGGCCUUUUUUGGUAUAUUUGAUCUUAGGAAUUAUAAUAUUCUGCAUUCUCCUCUAUUUUUACAAAAGAAAGGCUGUGAAACACAUCGUGGUUUUAUUAAUGAUGGUAGCACUACUGGCAUCCAUGACUGUCAUUGCUGUAAAGGCUGUGGCCAGCAUGAUAACGCUUUCUGUGAAGGGGAAAAUGCAACUAACCUAUCCUGUUUUCUAUAUCAUGAUUGCUUUAAUGGCAAUUUCUUGUGCUUUCCAAGUCAAGUUCUUGAAUCAAGCAAUGUAUCUGUACAAAGCGACAGCAGUUGUGCCCAUUAAUUUUGUGUUCUUCACCACCAGUGCCAUCAUUUCAGGGGUCAUAUUUUAUCGGGAAUUCCAAAGUGCAGCUUUGCUGAGUGUGUUCAUGUUUCUGUUCGGGUGUCUCCUAUCUUUCCUUGGUGUAUUUAUAAUUGCAAGAAAUAAAAAAGAGGAGCAUUUACAGAUUCCUUUUAUUGACUGUGGACAUAUUCCUGGACAAAAACUGACAGGCAAAAUACAACCAGAUUCUCACAGUUCAUGCUAUGGCACUUUGAAUAAUGAGGACGACUCGGUGAAAAGUCAAAGCUGAAAGAAGAAAGCACCUUACUUGCCAAUUAGCAGGAGGAACACCACUGGAACUAGGAUCAGCAGUGCCUUUUUGUUGGACAUGUUCAAGUAUAUGUUGAAGUCCUGUAUGCUGAUGAGUCAAAGUAUUAUUUAAUCCUACUUAAUUUAUCCCAUGGUUGUCCCAAAUGUAUUCUGAACAUAAAGGAAGCCUUAAGAAAAACUAAAUAACCAUUAAUGAAAUGGAACAUUGUCCUAGUAUCAAUGCCUCUUGGGGAUAUUUUUAGAGACUUAAUUGCCUUGAAAUGCAAAUAGGCACAGAACAGGAUUAUAAAAAUACCCCUUUGAAACCCCUCAGAUCUGUGUAGAAGCUUAAAGACAAAGGUGGGAAGUGAGAAUAAUUUUCAUAAGUGACUUCAAAGUAUUCUUCUAUAUGUACAAUCCCUUUAAAAAUCUGAUCUUUCCUGUUCAGGAGUCAAAACUGUGGGCGUGUAUACAGUAUACAUAAAUACAUGUACACAAAUUAUUUUAUAUUUUGUGUAGAGGGAAAAUCCUGAAUAUCUUCUGCCAUCAGAUUAAUUCUCUUAUCUUCCAAAGAAAUAAACAGCUGUGUGAGGAGGGGGAAGGAAGAGAGCGCUUGCCAUAAACAUAGGUACGUGCACACAUUUGAGGUGGCCAACCAAGGCAGAGAUAUGGAACUAUGCUUGACAAUUUACAUCCUCCUAGGAGAGUCCUGUGCACUGGGCUGGACUGGGCUGGGAUAUACUAUCUGUUAGUGUAGUCUAGCCUGAGGUUUAGCCUCUGUUUUAAGGAAAACAAGGUUUUAAUGAAAAAAGAACAAAGUUCAACAGCAGGAAUGGGAUAACCAAGAUCCCUCCCUUGAUGCGUCUUGGAAAAAUACUCCCAAAAAAGAAAGGUAGGGCUACUCCUGCCUCCUUCCUAAACCACUUGUAAUCCUCAAUGAGGAAAGGCUGUAAAAAACAGAAUCACAAUGUCAUGCUAACAGUACAGUUUUCCUUCAUUACAUGGUAGUGUCCCCACACUGCUUUGAAGAGCCAGCAGUGAUAGGAAGCAUGGCAGUACAGGCUCUGCGUUCAGGUCUGGGAGGUCUCGGUGCCCCUCAGUUCCUGCCUUCUGGCAAGAAAGGUUCUUCUGGGCAUUCAUUAGGGGCCCACUUACCCCUGCCUGGUAGCACCGAUCUACCUCUGCCAGCACAAUUGGUGUCAGACACCUCCUCUGCAGAAACAGGCGAAAGUGCUCUUGGAAAAUGUUCACAACUUGGACAAGACACUUGUUUUAGGUUUGAAUUAAUCUGCAGUAAUGGAUAAGGGCCAUAAGCUGUGUAUAUUUUGUUUCAGUGGGAUAUGAGGAAAUUAGGUCUCUUUUUUUUUUUUCCCAAAUAAUUGUUUAUUUCAUUUUAAAAUAGGUACAGCUGAAGAUCCAUAAGGCAGUUUCAUUUCAAACCCUACAAAGCACACACAGGGCUGCAGUUUUUCCUAUGCAGCAGUGUCCAGGGAGCCAGGGUGCAGGGGGAGCUUAUGAAGCUGUUUUCCAACAUGGAUCUCUUCCAGCUGGCACAGGACAAGACUUUGUGUCUGCACCUUACUUGUACCAGCUGCCUCGCUGUGGCCUUCCUUUCCCCUCUUACAGCUUGAGUUCAAGUUUCUAAAGCUUGAAAUAAAAAAAAGACAUACUUUUUGUAUACUUUCUCCAGGGAGUAAGGGCAUGCCUCUACCUUUCUUUAGCAAGUCAAAUUUAAGCUGCUUUCUAAGUCUCAAGUGAGUAUGUGUGCUAAAUAUGGAAAUAGGAGGCCUACAGGUUUUCAUUCUGUGACCUGAGAAACAAAUGGGUGAAAGGAUUUGGUUUUGUUUCUUUUUUAAAUAAUUGGCCUUGGGCAUCUUCCUGAAAUCUGUUUCCAUGACUCAGGAGAGCUGGAGGAGGUAAUAAGGGUUACCAGGUGUAGGAUUUUCUCUUUAAAGAAAAAAAAUCAUAUGUAAAAAUCCAUGGCAAAAGUUAUUUAUUUUAAACUACUGCAUUUCUUUUUGAACAACACUUUUUUUCUUCCUGUGGGUUAAUAUAAAAAUUAUAAGGGUUAAAAUGUUUUCCUUAAACUUGAAUGUAAUUAAGAUUAAUUUAUGGAGCAAAACACUGGUAGGAAUUAAGUGCAAUUAAAAGUUGUGAUUUGACAUGAUUUCUGAGAUGUGAGGACGUUUCAACUAAUUAAUGUAUUACAA